AUUAUGAUAAAAAUUAUAAAAGAUAGUUUAUUUUUAAUAGAAAUUGUACAUAAAUAUAAGAUUUAGCUUUGGGAUAAAUUGUAUUUUAAGGUUAAUUCUACUGCUAUAGAUAACUGCGUACCCUUAUUAUAAAUGCUCCGGGCUACGCCCCUGCCACCCGCUGCACAAUGUUGUUGUUGUUUUGGGCGGCGUAAUGAGCAGAUUUGUUUGUAAGCUAUUACAGAGUGUAAACCAAGCCAAUUCGGGUUGCAGAUCACUAUUCUUGUCCGCUAUAAGAAAUGAAUCUCAAAGUGCAACGCCCGCCCGCACAGUGCUGGUGGAGAAGGACUCCCACAUAACUCUGAUAGGCCUAAAUCGCGAGCAGCAGCGCAACUCCAUAGAUGCAAAUACUGCGGCACAAUUAUCCGAAGCCAUCAGUCAAUUCGAGGCGGAUGAUAGUUCCCCGGUGGGUGUACUCUACGGCAUAGGUGGCUCCUUCUCGGCUGGCUAUGACUUGGAGGAACUGGAGGCAGAGGCCCAGCGCGGCAGCCUCCACUUCCUGUUGCGUCAUGAGGGCUCUAUUGGACCAACAAGGCGACACCUUCGGAAACCAAUCGUCUGCGGCAUCAGCGGAUUUUGUGUUGCCGGAGGAGUGGAACUGGCUCUUAUGUGUGAUCUGCGGGUGAUGGAGGACACUGCCGUGAUGGGGUUCUUCAAUCGCCGCUUGGGAGUACCUCUAAGCGAUGGAGGAACUGUGCGUCUGGCCGCUGCAGUUGGUUAUUCCAACGCCCUGGACAUUAUUGAAACAGGAAGACGCAUCGACGCCGGGGAAGCCCGGCGGAUAGGCUUGGUGAACCGCGUUGUGGCUACGGGCACCGCUUUGGGACAAGCAGUCAAUCUGGCCUUCUCGAUUGCAAAGUUUCCCAUGGCUUCCUUGAUGCACGACAGGAAUGCGCUGCUGGAGAAUGCCAAUGCCUACAACAAACCAGGUUUCCAUGUGGCCAGUUACAAUGAGAUCAUUAAUGUAACUUCAGAAAUGAUAAAAGAUAUGCGGGAGGGAGUAAUGCGUUUCAAGAACUCUGAGGUAAAGGGCCCUAAAACAGAUUCGUGGCACAUCAAGGAAAAAAGCAUUCCAGAUUGGGAGAAAGCAGAGAUCGAGAUUGAAAAGCAAAAUAAAAAGACAUAACAUUGGACCCUUUGACUUAGUUUAGUUGCAAUACUUGAUUGUUAUUUAUAAAACGAAAGCCUUUAUUCACGUAAAAUACAUUUACUUAAUGAUUUAUGUA